AACCUGUCGAACCUUCAAGAAAUUAUGCGAUUAUCCCUCGCUUGGGAAUCGGGCCUUCGGUGCUUCUGCUUCAGCUUUGUUACCCCGUCUAAUCCACCGCCGCACUCCGGCCACAUCUUUCCUCUUCACCGCUUAUACGCAGUUAUAUCACCCGAACACGGCACCGCAGUCUCUGCCCGAUCCGGCGGACGGGCGGGCGGAGGAUGGCGAUGAUGAGGACGCGGGAUCUGCUGAUGGAGGGGUUCGAGGGCUUCGUGCGGGACGGGUCCUUCAAGUGGCCCGUCCCCCGCCGCGUGCCGGACGACGACGAUGACCCCGACCGCUCGCCUUCCGCCGGCAAGAGCGCGUCCGUCGCCGGCCUCUCCCCCAUGGCCAGUGCCGUCGUCACUCGCUGCUCCCGAGUUCUCGAUGUUUCCAUGCAUGACCUGCAGUACGACUUCGAUGUGCAAGCAUCUGAUUCCAUAAAGCAGGCAAAAAACUUUGCAAGAAACUUUUUGGAAUAUUGCUGCUUCAGGGCACUCGGGCAGGUCUCACAAGUUGCGGGGUAUCUUGCUGACAAAAGCCUUCGUCGCCUGACAUUUGAUAUGAUGUUAGCUUGGGAAGUUCCCUCUUCUUCAAGUCAGCUCACUGUUAAGGUUGAGGUUGAUAGCACAGUUAGUUUAGAGGCUUUCUCAAGAAUAGCACCUGCCAUUCCAACAGUUGCUGAUGUUGUAACAUCUUCAAAUCUCUUUGAUGCACUUUCAUCAUCAACUGGAGGUCGCCUUUCAUUUCCUGUAUAUGAUAAGUACCUGACAGGAUUGGACAGAGCAAUUAAGAAAAUGAAGACACAGUCUGAGUCAUCGCUUCUAUCGGGCCUCCGAUCCCAGAGAGGAGAAAGAGUUCUAGAUGUAGAUGGAACACUGACAACUCAACCAGUACUUGAACAUGUAGGGAUUUCAACAUGGCCAGGAAGAUUGACACUCACGGAUCAUGCUGUUUACUUUGAAGCUCUCAAGGUUGUGACCUAUGAUAAGCCCAAAGCUUAUGAUCUUGCAGAAGACUUGAAGCAAGUUGUAAAACCUGAGCUGACUGGCCCAUGGGGUUCACGGCUAUUUGACAAAGCUGUGAUGUAUAAAUCAACUACCUUAACAGAACCAGUGAUCAUAGAAUUUCCAGAGUUGGCUGGCCACUCUCGCCGUGAUUACUGGUUGGCCAUUAUAUCAGAAGUUCUUUAUGUCCACAGAUUUGUUAGAAAGUUCAACAUAAAUGGAAUUGAUAAAGAGGAAAUAAUUCUGAAGGCCUCACUCGGCAUCUUGCGGUUACAAGCCAUUGAGGAAUUAGCCUUUCCAGUUUCCAGUCGAUAUGAAUCUCUUUUGAUGUUCAAUCUAUGUGACAAACUUCCUGGGGGAGAUGUAAUACUUGAAACACUAGCAAGUACUAUAUCAUCAAGAAGUUCAGCUCAAGCUAACCAACCAGGCAUGAGCCUUGGAAUGCGUUCGAUGUCUGCCUUUGCCGUCCUGUCAAAUCUGGGCGUGGUAUCACCAGGUAAUAAUGAGAGACUCUUGGUUGGUGAGGUUGUUGUUGGGGAAAUGAGUUCCUUGCAGAAGGCAGUUACUGAGUCAAUGAACAACUAUAAGAAGGUUGAAUUGGCCCAAGCCACGGUUGAUGGAGUCAAAGUUGACGGGCUUGAUACAAACUUGGUAGUGAUGAAGGAAUUGUUGUCUCCCGUAAGUGACCUUUGGAGGGUUUUAGUAUCACUGGCAUUAUGGGAUGAACCUCUGAAGUCAUUGGGGUUUUGCUUGCUAUCUUCUUAUAUUAUCAUCAGGGGAUGGUUAGUCUAUUUUCUUGUUAUGGUCCUAUUGUUUUCAGCAAUUUUCAUGCUCCUCACAAGACUAACUAGUCAAGGAAAGCCAAUGAUUGAGGUCAAGGUGACAUCUCCACCUCCAAUGAACACAAUGGAGCAGCUGUUAGCUGUUCAAAAUGCUAUUUCCAAAGUUGAACAGCUUGUCCAGGAUGCAAAUAUUGUUCUUCUGAAGAUAAGAGCUCUAUUGUUGGCUUUUCCAUCUCAGGCCACCGAUAGGGCUAUUCUUGCGCUGUUAGCGAUGGCUCUAAGCCUUGCUUUCCUACCCACAAGAUUGCUGAUCCUAGCGAUGUUUCUGGAGGUUUUCACAAAUAACUCGCCGGUCAGGAGAGCAAGCACAGAGAGGUGCACCAGAAGGUUGAGAGAGUGGUGGUUCAGCAUACCUGCAGCUCCAGUAGUGGUGGAGAAGGAUAAUAAAGAAGAUAAGAAAACAAGAUGAAAUUCGUGUGUACAUUCAGUGUGAUGCAUCGUGACCGACUAACGGGUCGCUAGCACCAAGUCCCACCGUGUAAAUGUCUGAUGAUAUGCUAACAGAAAAGGCAGCUAGUAUUUCAAUAAAACUGCUAGUUCCCUCUAAUCAGUCUGUUAACUGGGAAUCGAUUAGAUUCGCUGUCUCGUUUGUGACCAGAUAGCUCCAGGACUAUGUUGUCGUUGCUGCGUAUCUGAGGUCACUGCUGACAACUAGCUAGAAAAAGUUGCAGGUAGCGUAUGGAUGUUGGUACACUUUCUCCAAGUUCUGUUUGGCAUCACUUCAACCAUGCAUUGAUAGGUCUUA